CAAGUUUUUGGGGAUUGGCCGAAACCAAAGCAAAACCCUAAAAUCUCAAUCUCUCAUUUCCACCCAUCAAAAUCGAAAACCGCCACACCCAAUAUGAGAGGAACUCGGCGAAAGCCGUCGAUGAACCCACGCCCACCGCCGCCAUCAACCCCGCUCGAUCACUUCUGCCACCGCGACUCCGACGCCAGCUUCGCCAGCAGCCGCCCCUCCUCCAUCGGACUCGGCGGCGGCGCCUCCUCCAUCGCCAACGUCGACCUCUACAAAGACCGCUCCUACCAGCAAUCCGCCCUCUCCGCCAUCAAUUCCUACCUCGCCUCUCACUCCGUCCAAGUCUUCCUCAAAUUCCCGAUCCCUCCCGCCCGAGAGAUCACCGAGGCUCUCAAAUUCCUCGUCACCCGCCUCGAUUGGCCGUCGCCGAAGCUCGAGGACGACCUCCAGGUCAUCCUGAAAUCCCUAAAAUGCCCCUUCAAGCUCAACAAGUCCAUGAUCCGAAACCCCACCGUGAACUCGCACCAGUGGCCGAAUCUCCUCGCCGUCAUCCACUGGCUGUUCCAGCUUGUCCGCUACAACGAUCAUCUGGAUCAGAAUUCCGAUGCGUUUCUCGACGGCAAUCCGGUGGGGCAGUACACGCUGCGGAGCUACCUGCAUUACAUAAGGGGGCAGGACGACGAGGCGGAGGAGGUGGAUCGCGAGUUUGUGGGGAAGUUUGAGAGGCAGAGGGACGAAUCGGAGGAGCAAUUGAAGGUUUUGAGGGAGCACGCGGCGGAGCUGGAGGCCAAAGUGGAGGCGUUGAGGUCGGAGCCGUCUCUGAAAGAGAAAUUGGAGAGGGAGAGGAGUGUGCUGGAAGAGGAUGUGGGGAAGUUUCAUGAGAUGAUUGAGAAUCUCGACAAGAAUGUGAAGAAGCUGCAGAAGGUUGUGGAGGCGAAAGAGAAGGAGUUGGAGGCCAAGAGGGAAGAGAAGAAGAGGAUUUUGCAGGAGAAUGAGGAGUUGAAGAAGAGAGUUGAGUCGCAGAGUUUUAACGAGAGGGAUGUGGAGAGAAUGAAGAGGGAAUUGCAGGCUGUGGAGAGGGAUAUUGGGGAAGCCGAGCUGGCUAGGAAUGUGUGGGAGGAGAAGGUGUGGGAGUUGGAUAACGCACUCGGUCCCAAGGUUAAGGAGAUGGAGACUUUGGCCAUGGAGUGCAACCAAUUCAUGAGGAGGUUGAAACUUUGUAAUGACUUCCAGUAUAAAUUGAAUCCUAAGGGAUCAACAGCUGCUGAGGUGAUGGGGGUUGACUAUAAAUCAACAUUAAAGCCUGCACUUGAGUCAUACUCUCAAAAAAUAAAGAAGGAUUCUGUGGAAACACUGGAUGAGUUGAUUUUGCUUCAGCAUCAGUCAAGUGCACUUUCUGCUGAUAUCGAGGGAAAAAGAUAUGAGAUAUCAACACUUCAGUCGCGUCUUGAUGAAGUGGAAGCUCAAUUGAAUUCGUUGAAGAAAGAGAUACAGGACUACACUUGUGGUUGUGAAGAAGAAAUUAGAAAGAUGAUGGACAAAGUUCAAAAGGAGGCUCAUGACAUGAAUAUUGUGGAAAGAGAAGCCAAUGAGAUUCUGAAGACUUCCAAAUUGAAAUUGCAGGAAGUAACUGAACAAACUGAAGAAGAGACUCAGAAGUGUGCUCGCGAACUCUUUUCCAUAAUUGAAUCGGUCUCAAGAUACAAAGAACAUGUGCAGUCAAAGAUUGCAGAAGUGAAGAGCGAUGUCUCAGAUACUGCAGCGAUGUUAUCAAAUACUCACAAAGGAUCGUUGCAAUCCCAGUACAGUUUUCUGUUUGACUCAAGCCAAGGCUCUGAAUGAACUCAAACCGGCAAUGACAGUCAACUCCAGUAGGUUGUCAUACUUGUGCCCUCUAAUGGUCAUCUUUUGCUGGAUUUAGUGUGGGCUAAAUUAUGUGGUUUGGUCUAGGGGAAUGGUCUGUAGAUUUCUGUAAUAUUAUGCCAUGUUUUCAGUUGAACCUCAAAGUUGUGGAGAAUCUGUUAUUAUCAUGACAGUGCUU